AUGUCUAAUGAAUUGAUCUUUAUCACCGGAGCCACUGGCUUCAUUGGUAGCGCCACUGCAGUAGCUGCUCUCAAGGCGGGGUAUCGAUUGCGAGUUUGUCUUCGCAAGCCGUCUGAGCAAUUGGAAACUCUGCUGUCAGAGUAUAGUGACCAAGUUGAAUUUGUCAUCAUUCCAGACCUGACUGAUGAGACGGCUUUCGACAACAAAUUGAACGGCGUGGACUAUGUCUUUCAUCUUGCAUCCCCUCUUCCCCAUGGGACGAACAAGCAGACAUACUUUCCCCCAGCCGUGAAAGGGACCACUGCCUUGCUGAAAGCAGCAGCAAAAGCGCCAUCCAUUAAAAAAGUCGUGAUUACCUCGUCCAUUGCGGCUUUCCUUCCAAUGUCUGGCAUUCCUACUGGUGGUGUGGUGAAAGAGGACAACGAUUGGGACUUUUCGGUUGAUGAAAAUGGAGAUUUCGAGGACCCCCAAAACCCAGCCGCAACACCAAUGCGACUAUAUCACGCCUCAAAACUUCUUGCAGAUAAUGCAACCUGGAAGUUCCGGGCAACAGCAAAGCCACAGUAUGCAUUGGUGACAUUGCAUCCCGCGUUUGUGUACGGGCGCAAUCUUGUUCAGAGUUCUGCCGACGGAAUCAAAGUGGGGUCUAACACUGGUCUGUGGGAUAUGAUCAUGAAGGCCGAUCCCAGUAGAAGCACUGUAGGAGUGCAUAUUCAAGAUGUGGCUGAAGCACACAUCAAGGCACUGGAUCCGAAGAUCGUGGAUGGCUCGAAAUAUCUACUGGCUGGGCAGAAGACGACGGGCCCUGAGAUUGCACGCAUUGUGCACAGACUCUACCCGGAUUCUGGAGCAUUGAUUUCCGAGAAUUUCCAGGGUGCUUCGUUCCCAGUUGAUACGACUAAGGCGGAAACAGAGCUUGGGAUUCAAUGGCGCUCAUUCGAGGCGAUGGUUCGGGAUCUAAUGGACCAGCAGCUCGGAGGUGGGCAUCGUCAAUCGAAUACACGCACCUGGCUCGCGACGACCACCGAUCGUCUCUCUACCCUACACACUGCGCCCAAGCUUCAUCGAGCCAUGGCUGCCGUCACUGAAAGUGCAGCUGCGCACAUCAUAUCUGCAGAACCGACGCGCGACCCUAGCUACAAUGACUUUUCUUUCACACCCUUUCUGCGCAAGAGCUUCGGCUUCGGACUCGCCAGCGAUCAUCCGGAAUGGCGCCAUCUACAACACACGGAUCGCUGGUUUGCAAACAUUUCCUCAAAGGACUAUGUAAGAAAGGACUCAAAUGCGAAUAUCUCCACGAAUACAACCUUCGACGAAUGCCAGAAUGCCAGUCGUUUUCACGAUCUGGAUACUGCACCAAUGGUGACGAUUGUCUUUACCAGCAUGUCCGCGAGGAGGCACGCCUGCCGCCUUGUGAGCACUAUGACCGCGGAUAUUGCGAAUUGGGACCACUAUGUGCAAAGCGACAUGUCCGCCGACCGUGUGCCGAUGCUCACCCUCGCUGGCCGGAAAACCUACCACGGCCUACAAUGCGCACUGAAAAAACGGAGGAAGAACUUGAGCACGAACGAGUUCUUAUCCGUGAAGAACAAGAGAGGGAAAAAGAACGAGAACGAGAAUGGCGAAACGAACGUGGUCGGGGUGGUGGAUUUGGGCGUGGUCGCUUCCGCGGCCGUGGAAGGGGUUAGGUGGAUUCUUAUCGCAAGGGUUUUUUUGGCGACAUUGCAUGGCAUGGAGUGA